AUCUAUCUUGAAAAAAUUCAUAAGGGCAAACAUGGGUCUGAUUCCGAAACGUAUGACACAGAAGGUCGAUUCGUUCCUGAGAAGUUCGAAGAAGUUUUUACUAAAUAUAGUCGAAAUGAAAAAAAAGGACUCACCUUUGCUGAUAUUCGAAAUUUAAUAUAUGGUAAUGCUAACGUUGGCGAUCCAUUCGGAUGGGUUGCUGCUAGUCUUGAAUGGGGUACCCUGUACCUGUUGUGUGCUCAAAACGGCGUUAUCAGCAAAGAAGAUGUUCGCAGUUUAUAUGAUAAGCGUCUCUUAAAUCCCGUUCCUCGUCCCAAAAAG